AUGGGUCGCAAAAAGAAGAAGCAGUCCAAGCCAUGGUGCUGGUAUUGCAACCGUGAAUUUGAUGAUGAAAAAAUUUUAAUUCAGCAUCAAAAGGCAAAACAUUUUAAAUGCCACAUAUGUCAUAAAAAACUAUACACUGGUCCUGGUUUAUCAAUUCAUUGUAUGCAGGUUCACAAAGAAACAAUAGACAAAGUGCCCAAUGCACUUUCACAUCGUUCUAAUAUUGAAAUAGAAAUUUAUGGAAUGGAAGGAAUUCCUGAGGAUGAUAUGAAAGAACACGAGCGACAAAAGUCUGGUGGCAAAGGUACACGAUCGGAUAGUGAUGAUGACGCUGGGCCACCUGUAAAGAAAAAACCUGAGUAUUCAAAUCCAGCUGGUCCUUCCAUGAUGCCACCUUAUAAUCCUAUGAUGAAUCAUAUGCAAGCUAUGGGCCCUCCUUAUAUGGGACCAGGAAUGCCAAUGAUGGGUCCUUCUGUUUCUGUCGGUCCUAUGCCACCUGGUCAACCUGUGGGAAUGGGAAAUAAGCCAUUAUUCCCUAGUGCUGCAGCAAUUGCUAGUAACUCUGAUGUUCGUUCAAAUAGCACAAUGCUAUCUGGUGGUCCAGUUGGUGGCCUUAAUAAGUCAGCAUUUCCAGCUUACUCUGGGAAUGACAAUGAUUCAAAAUCAAAAUCACUUAUUAGUUCUACUGGAACAUCUAGUAAAAUAAUUCAUCCAUCAGAAGAUAUUUCUUUAGAAGAACAUAAAGCUCGUUUUCCUAAGUAUGUUAUUCAUAUGGACAUUCAAAAUCCAUUACCAACAAACAUAUCUGAGCAACAUCAACUCGGUGCACCACUCAUGUCACCUCAUGGUCAAGUGUCUCCUGUAACUCAACAAUUUCAACAACAACAACAACAACAACAACAGCAGCAACAUCAACAGCAGCAGCAGCAGCAGCAAUUGCAACAGCAACUUCAUCAGCAACAACAACAACAACAACAGCAGCAGCAGCAGCAUCAGCAGCAGCAGCAGCAGCAGCAACAACAGCAGCAGCAGCACCACCAUCAUCAACAUCAACAACACCAACAAGCAAUUCAAAAUGAGAUGGAACGACAAGUAGCUGCUAUGGCAGCAGUUAUGCAACAACAACAACAGCAGCAGCAGCAGCAGCAGCAACAGCGAUUUGCUGCACCAGUUAUAUCAAUGCCUAAUAUGAUGCCCCAGCCUCCUACUGUUUUUAUGGCUCAGCAAAUGCCUACUCUUUUACGGCCUUCUUUAGGUGGCUUACCACCUCAUGCUAUGAGCAUGCUAAGGCCUCAAAUGCCUAUUCAUCCAGGUUUAAUGGUUAACCCACCGAUGGUCAAUCCUUAUGCUCCCGGUGGACCAAUGGGCUUCCCAGGCGCUCAAAUGUUAGCUCCGAUGAUGCACCCUCGCUUCAGAUGA